AUGUUUGACUUAACAGAUAUUAGAUCGCAUCUUCCUUUAUUUAAUGCAAAUUAUUACGUUGAUCUUCAACUCUUAUUCUUUUUCAUCGGAUCAUUUUCUCGAAAAUUUGGUUUUGAAGUUGAUAUUCUUAAUUUAACUAAUAAUAGAAUCUCUAAUGUGAAUGUUUUCACAAAAUUACAUAAUUUCAUUCCGAAUUUGAAGGCUGUUAUUCUUGACAAGAAUCCUAUCCAAGAUACCACACAAUUAACCGAGAAAAUGAAAGGAAUGAUCAUUAGAUUCAACGGAUUAGAGUUAGGAUCACUUUACAACGAAGAUGAGAACGGUUUUCCAGAUGUUACAAAUCCAAAAGACAUACCAGAGAUUGAAAUUCCUCCUCCUCAACCAAAAUCAAAUAGAUAUGAAAAUAGAAGUUCCCAAGGGGAUUCAGAGGUUGAAUCCUUCUUAGAUAAAUUUUGGUCAGCACAAAAUAAUGAUAUUGGCUCAACAAGUGACUUCUAUUUGCAAAAUGCUUGUUUCAGCUUCAUAAUCAGGAAUUGUUCACGUCAAGAACCUCUUGCUGCACUCAUAUCAUACAAUCAGAACCUUAGCCGCAAGGAACCAGGAGAAUCUGUCACUCAGGGAAGUGUAAAUAUAUCAUCCACCCAAAAAGUAAUAUUUCCGAGCGGUUUUUCAGGCAGAAUUGAAAGCAAGAGCAUAAAUCUUGUCUGCGGAAUAUUUUAUUCUGUGAAUCUCGUUGGAAAUGUUGCUCUUGAAAAAGAUUCUGAUAAAAUGUGUAAAUUCUAUAGACAGUUGACUAUAUAUGGUGUUGGCGGACAACUCCGUAUUGCUAAUGAUGUUUUGUAUUUAACAUAA